UCUGGGCACAGGUGUGUGACACUGCAGAGUGGCACAGGUGGGUGCACUGCUGGGCACAGGUGGGUGCACUGCUGGGCACAGGUGGGUGAUCUGCUUGGCACAGGUGGGCGGGCGGCAACAGGUUGCGGGUGGCACUGCUGGGCACCGAUCAUCAGGGCACUGAUCAUCAGUGCCCUGAUGAUUGUGUGAGGAAAGUGCAGCCGAGAACCGGCACUUGCAUUUCCCUGUGAUCAGCGUGUCAUUGGACACCGCUGAUCACGUGGUAAAAGGCCGCUGUGAUUGGCCUUUUACCACAUCACGUGAUCAGCUGUGUGUCCGUAGGACGUCCACCCAGAACUGGC